AUGGAGCGGAAUGGUAAGAUAUGGUUGAGUCUUCAUGUUCGGAGCCGUGCCAAGAGCGCUGCUUCACCACCUAUCUACACGGAGGGCGAUGUCGUCUCCGGACGUGUAGAGCUACACUUCGAUAAGCCGGAAAAGAUCAAGGGAAUAAAUAUAGCGAUGCAAGGAGGGACAACGGCGGUCGGACAGGAGGAGAUCAUUUUUCUUGACGCGACACAAGAAAUUUGGUCUCCAGAUCCCAAGCAAGGCAAGUCAGGAGAAAGAUUGCAAGGGAAGUAUGCAUUGCCUUUCAAGUUCGUUCUACCGAAGGAGGUCACAAUGACGUUGUCGAAGAAUAACAAAGCGGAAUUCAAGCUGCCACCCAAUUUCUCCGAACGCGCUAGUCCUUCCUACAUUGACUAUAAACUUAUCGUGACUGUGAGGCGAGGACUGUUCCUGGCAAACAUGACAUUAUCCCAUUACUUCGCCUAUGUACCAUUAACAACACCACCAUUGCCAUCGACACUGAGGCAGAUGUCAUACAGGAGUGGAACGGGACUGAUAGGUCCAGAUAGAGAUAGAUAUGGUUGGAAGGUAGUUGGACCGGCAAAACUGGCAGGCACACUAUUCAACGUUCGGAAAACAGGAUUGGAAUGUGAGCUAGCUAUUGCCACACCGCUCGCUUUCCCUGUGCGCUCGCCCAUUCCGUUGUUCCUCACUCUGAGAAGCAACGACGAACAGGCACUGGAUAUUCUUUCGAGUCCAUCGGCGAUUCGAGUAUUUUUAGUGAGGUCGUUGGCUAAUGGAUCCGAUGCAGUGGACGAUGAUGUAGUCAGAAGGAGCAACAACUUCUUCGUUGAAUCAGCAGGCCAAGCUGUUUUCUGGUCUGCUAGUCGGGAUAAGAACUCGAGAACGUUGCAGGGGGAGUUGGAGGUGAGACAUGGCGUUAAACCUAGCUUCGUAUUUCCGCGAUUUGCGAUCAGAUAUUCGCUGGAUCUGCUGCCUUUCGCCGCCCCAGGAUUCCAGUUGGACACAACGGCGAAUGGAGAUUCUGUCCUUCUUUCUGAAACAGUGACAAUAUGUACGACGCAUGCUCCUGGCAUCGUACCACGAUCAUACACUCCGCCAGGGUAUGAGCAUCCCCAAGGUGGUGGAGAUUACAAUAAAUCGAUGGGACUGUUAGAGAAUGGAAAUCAAAGGUUUUAUCACCACAUUAGAUGA